AUGUUAUACACCCUAUAUGCCGAGAGCUCACCGUCCAUUGAUGAGCAGUGGUUUGAAGCACAAUUGAAGCGCUACGAAAAGAAUGCUUAUAAAGAGUGCUACGGCGCGGAAGUGGCGGCGUUAAAGAAGUUCUAUAACGGCAAGACAAACGCAGAACAGGCCGCCAUUGCAAUCACUCAACCCAUCUCCAAGUCGCCGAUUCAAGAUGGUGGAGGCUACUCCGACCACGUCGUAGCACUCAGCCAGUUAUGGACUCUACUCAAGAACGCACUUAUCGAAUGGCCAUCCUCUCGUACACCAGACCUUAUCACUCUCCUUUCAGCGAUGACUAAAGUCACCGACGCUAUCCACUGUGGUGAACUCCUUGACGACGCUGAUGAAAAGCCGGAGCCAUGGGCAGAACUUCCCUGGUUUCGGAUGAUCUGGUCCGACGCUUUCUGGAGAACACCUGGACAGAUUGCAAGACAAGCCAAAGACGCAGCCUCGCGGAGGCAUGAAUGUGAGGUCUACAUUAAACAACAAGAUGUGGAAGCUCGACUUGUUGCAGCUGGGAUCUUUGAGUGGAAUCGCGCACCUCGAUUCAUGGUCCGCACGCUUGAGCGGACGCCUAACCCAGACGACGCGCACGAUGCAGCUGGCGAUGCCGACGCUGAGUAUCAGCUCAAACCGGAGUUCCAUAUGCCCGCUGCGAGCAAAUGGGUGGAGCACAACGGCGAUAGGCUCUGCAGUGGCCUUGGUGAGCUGAAGCAUUGGGACGAAAGGGAUGCCCAUGGUGAGAUGAUACAAUUCGACCAGCCAUCGGAACGCUGGGAGUUCUGGAAGAAGAGGCUUCUCAAGGUUGCAGAAGGCGCUGGAGUUGAUGAAGUUACACGAGACGCGGCGCGCAGUACUACAGACGAAGGUGCCAGUAGCCACAGUGAAGCCACAAUCAAUGCGCCUACAUCUGCUGAAACAUAUACAACCUACACAUCGACUGAUGAUCAUCAACAUCUGGACAGUCAAUAUGCAUCCUUCGUUCAGAGACAAGACAAUGCACGCUCGAACAACCGGACGUUCUGGAACCAGCUUGACGAAUCUGCGGGACAAGCGAAGAGCGCAUCGCUCGACGACACUCCAGAACAAUCCAACGCUGGGUCAGCAUUCCCCGCCCAGCCUAACAUUUUAUCCGCAUUCAUCUUCUGCAAUACCGUCAAGGACCAGCAAGAGGACCUCUCCGAUAUCAACAAGAAGGAGCGGGCCAUCCUAGUUCCCGUCUUCUUCGCAUGUGUGCACCCGAUCUGCAGAACCCUUCACGAGCCGACAGCACUUGCAUUUGUGCAAGGUAUCGAAGAGCUGACCCAAUCGAGGACACAAAGGCUGAAGUUCAAUAGCUUGAGGGCAGUUGACUGCACAAUCGCGUUCGCGGCCGUUAAGACUUUAACUCCAGAGGAGUGUUAUAGCAAACUCGGGGCGGAGAAGCCAAUCGUCACUCUGCAAGCAUUUACCUUGUACAUGAUGUUCAUGUGCUCGACCGAGUCCACGCAAUCAAGCUAG